AUGACAACAUUGUUUGGUAAGCUUCAAGAGUAUGACCAAGAGCACAUGAACCUUGAGAAACAUGAGAAGAGUCAAAAGAAGGAAAAGAAGGCGAAAUCUAAGGACACCGAAAGGAAGUCUAUCGCUUUAAAGACUUCAAGAUAUAAGUCAUCCACCAAUGAUGCGUGUGAGAGUGAAUCAAGUGAUGACGAUAAAGAUUUGAAUAAAUACAUAGGGCUUUUCAUAAAGAGAUUGCCGAAAAAAGAGGUAUUCCACGCUAUGGGAAAGUCCAUGAACCGUGACCAUAACUUGUGGAUUCAAAUGGUGUUACAGACACCAUUUGUGGCUCAAAUCUUAGUUCGGAAUGUUAUUCGAACUGUAAUCGAUAAAUGCAUGCAACAAGUAGAAAUCAUGAUAAAAGGUCUUGGUCUAGGAAAAUAUGAUGCAUUAUCAUCUAUUCCUAAAAGUUUAAUACUAUUAAAGAUUAUAGGGGAUGUAACUCCUAUGCCACAUAAUGGAUGUGAGGCUCUUAAAAAAGACGUGUAA